ACGAUCCUGAGUUGCAGAGGAAGAAAAUGGUGGCUGGGUAUAAGGCUUACGCCGUUGAGGGGUAUAUUUGGAUUUUUUGUCUUGAAUGAUGCUUGAGUGAAUAGUUUACCGUUCCUUACCAGAAAUUUUAGAUUUUAGUAUCACUCAAUCUCAGAAACCCAUUUCCAACUUCACAAAACCCAUUAAAAUCCCAUUCAGUUUCUCCUCGAACCCUCCCAGAAGCUGGCCAAAACUACGCCGUUUCGGGGGGUCGAGUUCCGUUUCAGGAAGCUCGGUUUCGAUGCAAGAAGAAGUGGAAAUUGAGGAGGAAGAAGAAGAAGAAGAUGACCCAACUGUCGAGCUCUGCUAUCUCGACCCUGAAACGAAUCCCAACAGCCUUACUGAAUGGGAGCUUGAUUUUUGCUCAAGACCCAUUCUUGAUAUCAGAGGGAAGAAGCUUUGGGAGCUUGUGGUUUGUGAUGAGUCUUUGUCAUUGCAAUAUACUAAGUACUUUCCCAAUAAUGUGAUCAAUAGUAUUACUUUGAAGGACGCCAUUGAUGGAAUCAGUGAAGAUUUGGGUAUUCCUUUACCUGAUAAAAUACGCUACUUCAGGUCACAAAUGCAGACAAUUAUAACAAAGGCUUGUAAUGAGCUUGGUAUAAAACAUGUUCCUAGUAAAAGGUGUGUAUCACUGCUAUUAUGGUUGGAUGAAAGAUUUGAGACUAUAUAUACUCGUCAUCCUGGUUACCAGAAAGGAGCUAAGCCGCUUCUCGCGUUAGAUAACCCUUUCCCAAUGGAACUUCCGGAUAAUCUUUUUGGGGAUAGAUGGGCUUUUGUCCAAUUACCUUUGUCAGCUGUUCGGGAGGAGAUUUCAUCCUUAGAAUCAAAACUUGUAUUUGGUUCAAGUUUAGAUUUGGAUUUGUUGGGGAUUGAAAUUGAUGACGGCACAUUGAUCCCAGGGUUGGUUGUUUCUUCUUCACGAGCUAAACCGCUUGCAGCAUUUUCUUCAUACAAAUUUGGAAUUCCUCCCAAAGUAGCAGAUAAUCAAGGCUUAGAAACUAAGUUCUUUGACUAUAGCAUGAGUUUCAAGAUGGACAUGUAUUAUUUGUGGGCUAUUGGAUGUUUGGCUAGGUUUUCGAAUAUUUUGUGGCUCUCAGAGCCUAGUUUAACUAAAAAGCCUGGUAUCUUUCUUUGCUUGGUGCAACAAAUAUCUUGCUCCUUGCAUGCCGAUCAUUCUGCUUUUGAACCUCUGGUAAAGCAAUAG